GUCACUAAACCCUCUUCGUACGGCUCCGCCAUGGAAGAUUCUGAGUGGAGUCCUUACUGUUAUUCAUCUUCAUUCGAUAAGGAUCUCCAUAUCCGCUUCUUUCAGAUGAUGUGUGAAACCCUUCCUUCGGAUUAUGAGGGACAAGAGAUCAAUCGUCUCACUCUUGCCUACUUCGCUAUCUCUGGCCUCGACAUCCUUGGUGCCCUGGAUCGGGUUGACAAGGAGGAAGUAGCCAGUUGGGUUUUAUCCUUUCAGUCACGUCCAAGAAGUAGAGAUGAUCUGGAUAAUGGACAAUUCUAUGGAUUUCAUGGUUCCAGAACAUCUCAGUUUCAACUUGCUGGUAGCAAGGCUUUGAAUCAUAAUGGUAGUCAUUUGGCAAGUACCUAUUGUGCCCUGGCCAUACUGAAGAUUGUUGGCUACAACUUGUCAAGUAUUGACUCUGAAUCAAUGUUGAUCUCAAUGAAAAACCUUCAACAGCCCAAUGGGAGUUUUAUGCCCAUCCACAUUGGAGCAGAGACAGACCUCCGAUUUGUAUAUUGUGCUGCUGCCAUAUGUUUUAUGUUGAAGAAUUGGAGCGGAAUGGAUAGAGAGAAAGCAAAGGACUACAUACUGAAUUGCCAGUCAUAUGAUGGUGGCUUUGGUUUAGUUCCUGGUUCAGAAACUCAUGGUAAGUAAAUAUUGUAAAUGUGUCCUAUUAUGUGAAGCAUGUCCAUUGAUUUCAUAAUGCAAUGCAGGAAGAAGCAUCUUUCUGACGCAUCUGCAGCUAUCUAUGUUUUCUGUGUUCUGGUUAU